AUGAGUAUCCCAUUAAUCGAAGAUAGCAAUAAAGCCAGCUCCACUAAAAAUAACUUAUCUAAAUCAACGGAAUCUAAACCUGGUCUAGCUCAAGAGGAGCUUAUGAAUAUAAUCAACAAAAUUCUCUCAGGUGCCCAAGAUAUUAAACAUCAAAAGAGUCAUCACGGAAUAUUUCACAACAUACCUCCUGCACACCCACCAUCCAGAAGAUUAAAUGACGAUGUUUCCAAAAAUAAGAGCAAGAAAAAUAAGGUCAAAUAUUCCACGGAUACUUCUUUCAAUUCAGAUACUUCGGACUCAAAA